CACACCACACACGCCACUCUCUGCCCGGGAACGCGGCUGAGACGAUGCCCCUGGAGAGGUGACCACCGCCGGAUCCUGAAGCACAUUUCCCCCGGCGAUGGCAAACAAAUAAAAUCAGCUGCUCCAUCUCAUAAAAACAUGGCGAAGAGGAGGCGGUGAGAGCGGCGCUGGGAGCUGAAGAUAGAAGCGCUUUCCUGGGAGGGAGGGAAGGGAGGGGAUCCCACGGCGCUCUGUUGUCUCGUAAGAGGAUAAAGAAAAAGGGAAAUCGAGCUAUUUAUACGCCGACUGUUCACCGGUGACACCAUGAGCGGCGGGCCGGAUGAGAGCUCGGUGCGCGUCGCCUUGAGGAUCCGUCCUCAGCUGGCCAGAGAGAAGAUCGAGGGCUGCCACAUCUGUACAUAUGUGAUGCCUGGGGAGCCGCAGGUGGUUCUGGGUAAAGACAAGGCCUUCACCUACGACCAUGUGUUCGACAUCGACACGCAGCAGGAUAGCAUCUACACCCACUGCACCGAGAGUCUCAUCGAAGGCUGCUUUGAGGGCUACAAUGCCACGAUCUUUGCAUAUGGACAGACGGGUUCGGGGAAGACCUACACCAUGGGAACCGGCUUUGACGUCAACAUCGAAGAGUACGAGCUGGGCAUCAUUCCCCGGGCCGUCAACCACCUGUUCAGAGGGAUCGAAGAUCGCAGACAGGCUGCCACCGAGCAGGGCAAGCCUGUUCCUGAGUUCAAGAUCAACGCACAGUUCCUGGAGUUGUACAAUGAGGAGGUGCUGGACUUGUUCGACACGACGCGGGACAUCGAGGCCAGGAAGCAGAGAUCCAACAUCAAAAUCCACGAGGACGCCAACGGAGGCAUCUACACAGUGGGGGUCACCACUCGCACUGUAACCACUGCAGCUGAGAUGAUGCAGUGUCUGAAGCUGGGCGCUCUGUCUCGUACCACCGCCAGCACUCAGAUGAACGCCCAGAGUUCGCGCUCCCACGCCAUCUUCACCAUCCACCUGUGCCAAGUUCGAGUGUGCUCUCCUGACAACGACGAUAAUGUAACAGACAACCGGUUAGCUAACGACUCGGAGAUUAACGAGUUUGAGACGCUGACAGCCAAGUUCCACUUUGUAGACCUGGCUGGUUCUGAGAGACUGAAGCGAACUGGAGCAACAGGAGACAGAGCUAAAGAGGGCAUCUCUAUCAACUGUGGAUUGCUUGCUUUGGGAAAUGUCAUCAGUGCUUUGGGAGACAGGAGUAAGCGAUCCACUCACGUGCCUUACAGAGACUCCAAACUAACCCGGCUGUUACAGGACUCACUAGGUGGCAACAGUCAAACAGUGAUGAUCGCCUGUGUCAGCCCGUCGGACCGGGACUUCAUGGAGACUUUGAACACUCUGAAGUACGCCAACAGAGCCCGAAACAUCAAGAACAAGGUGAUGGUGAACCAGGACAAAGCCAGCCAGCAGAUCAGCGCCCUGAGGACGGAGAUAGCACGACUGCAGAUGGAGCUGAUGGAGUACAAGACGGGGAAACGUAUGGUGGGUGAAGAUGGCAUGGAGGGCAUCAACGACUUGGUGCAUGAGAACUCCAUGCUGCAAACAGAGAACAACAACCUGAGGGUGAGAGUGAAGGCCAUGCAGGAGACCAUCGACGCCCAGAGAGUCAGACUCACACAGUUCCUCAGUGACCAGGCCAACCAGGUCUUGGCUAAAGCAGGUGAAGGCAAUGAAGAGAUUGGGAACAUGAUUCAAAACUAUAUCAAAGAAAUCGAGGAGCUCAGAGCUAAACUUCUUGAAAGUGAGGCCGUGAGCGAGAAUCUCAGGAAGAAUUUGUCUCGGGCCUCCACCCGCUCCUCUCUGUACGGCGGCCCCGGCAGCUCCUUCUCCCUCGCCCCUGAGAAGGAGGCCAGCGACGUCAUCGAGAUGGCCAAGAAGAGUCUGGAGAAACUCAAGAAGAAGGAGAGGAAGAAGAAGAAGAGACUAAGGCGGUAUGAGGAGAAUCACCACCCAGAGGUUGAACACGCCAGUGUUAUCAAAGAGGAAGUGCCAGACAACGACCACGAGCGAGGCAGCGAGGAGCCUGAGGAGGUCAGCGACCAUGAAGAAGGAGAGGAUGCAGAUGCAGAGGAGGAGGACUUUGACAUGGCGGGAGAUGAGACGUCUGAAGACUCUGACUCCGAAGAGCUGGAGGAGAAAGAAAACGUCCAGGCCGACUUGGCCAACAUCACCUGUGAGAUCGCCAUCAAGCAGAAGUUGAUAGACGAGCUGGAGAACAGCCAGCGGCGUCUGCACACGCUCAAACAGCAGUACGAGCAGAAGCUGACGAUGCUGCACAACAAGAUCAGAGACACGCAGCUGGAGAGGGACAAGGUGCUGCAUAACAUGGGUUCAGUGGAGUCGGGUACGGAGGAGAAGGCCAAGAAGAUCAAAGUGGAGUACGAGAGGAAGCUGAGCUCCAUGAACAAAGAGCUGCAGAAGCUGCAGUCGGCUCAGAAGGAGCACGCCCGCCUGCUGAAGAACCAGUCGCAGUACGAGAAGCAGCUCAAGAAACUCCAGCUGGAUGUGAACGAGAUGAAGAAGACCAAGGUGGUGCUGAUGCGCCAGAUGAAGGAGCAGCAGGAGAGGAACAGAGCCACAGAGUGCAAGAGGAACAGGGAGAUCGCCUCUCUGAAGAAAGAUCAGCGCAGGGCUGAGCACCAACUGAAGCAGAUGGAGGCCCAGAAAAGACAACAGGAAAUGAUUCUUCGCAGGAAGAAUGAAGAGGUGACAGCCCUGAGGCGGCAGGUGAGGCCUGUGUCUGGGAAGGUGAUCAGGAAGGUGAGCGUACCUGAGCCUCUCCAGGAGCCGUCACAUAGAACCAUACCAGGAAGGAGCUCUGUAGCGUCCCCAGCCAAUGGAGCCAGGAGUUCCCCGGUGCGAAUGGGAAGUAUCUACCUCAACAGGACAGCCAGGGCUAAAUGGCAGUCACUGGAGAGACGUGUCACUGACAUCAUCAUGCAGAGGAUGACCAUCUCUAACAUGGAGACGGAUAUGAACAGACUGCUGAAGCAACGGGAGGAGCUGACAAGGCGGAGAGAGCGAGUGUCCCGAAAGAGAGAAAAGAUGGCGGUGGAGGGCGCGGACGCUGACCGCUCCCUGGCCUCCCUGAACGAGGAGCUGGAGUCUCUGAGCGCCAACAUCGACUACAUCAACGACAGCAUCGCAGACUGCCAGGCCAACAUCAUGCAGAUGGAGGAGGCCAAGGAGGAAGGAGACACAGGGGAUAUUACAGCAGUCAUCAGUUCCUGUAAUUUAUCAGAGGCCCGCUUCCUUCUGGAUCAUUUCAUGACUAUGGCCAUCAGUAAGGGUCUGCAGGCGGCUCAGAAGGAUUCCCAGCUGAAGGUGAUGGAGGGCAGGUUGAAGCAGACGGAGAUCAACAGCGCCACCCAGAACCAGCUGCUGUUCCACAUGCUGAAGGAGAAAGCGGAGAUCAACCCGGAGCUGGACGCUCUGCUGGGCAGCGCUCUGCAAGAGAAUGGAGAUGACAGCAGUAGUGAUGAGUCCACCCCCAGCCCAGCCACAGAGGGCAGCUCGUUGGCAUCUGAUCUAAUGAAGUUAUGUGGGGAAUCCAGACCGAGAAGCAAGGCUCGCAGGAGGACCACCACCCAGAUGGAGCUGCUAUAUGCCGGCAGUGGGGAUCCGUCCUGUGAAUCCCCCACAGGAGACUUCUCUGCCCCUCUGCUGCCUCUGCUCUCAGAGCGCCUGGAAGCGUCUGCAGACAUGCAGGGUCACGCUCUCGGUCAAACCCCUGACCGCGAUCAAACUGUUUCCCCAUCUGCACUGUCUGCCCGGCCAGCUGGCAUUUCUGGAUCCAGGUCACCUACAGGGACUGAGAGAAGGCUACUGGAGCGCUCGCCUCUCAGCCGAAGGAAGACGCAAGAGAAAGGAGUCACGGCCAUCCCAGUACCCACACACACACCUCCCGUUAGCACAGCAGAGGCGAAAACUAAAGGCACUGACUUCAAGUCAAUGUCGGAUGAGUCACCUGUAUUUGAAGGCCACAGAGGUGUGAUCAACCCAGUGACGACCCCAAAGAACAGCCGUGGGGCCAAACUUCAGUGUGUCUACGUGGCAGAGGGACACACCAAACCUGUCCUCUGCGUGGACGCCACAGAUGAUCUGCUCUUCACAGGAUCCAAAGACCGUACCUGUAAAGUGUGGAACUUAGUGACGGGUCAGGAGAUAAUGUCUCUGGCAGAUCAUCCCAGCAGUGUCGUCUCAGUCAGGUAUACUUCUAGUCUCGUCUUCACUGUUUCCACUGCCUACAUCAAAGUGUGGGACAUACGAGACUCCGCCAAGUGUAUCCGAACUCUCACGUCAUCAGGCCAGGUUGGGUCAGGAGACAUCUGUUCAUCUGUCAGGAGUUUGUCCAUCCCACCAGGAGAGAGUCAAAUCAACCAGAUUGCUCUCAACCCUUCCGGCUCUUUCCUUUAUGCUGCUGCUGGCAAUGCUGUGCGCAUGUGGGACCUCCGCAAAUUUGUGUCCACGGGGAAGCUGACUGGCCAUUUGGGACCUGUCAUAUGUCUCACUGUUGACAAAUUAGGUAACGGCCAGGAUGUUGUCCUCACUGGCUCCAAAGACCAUCAUAUUAAAAUGUUUGAGGUGGCAGAAGGAGCUCAGGGUAGCAUCAGCUCCAGCCAAACGUUUGAGCCCGCUCAUCAGGAUGGCGUGGAGUCUCUGGUUGUGCAUGGAGAUGUCUGCUACAGCGGCUCCAGAGACUUCUACAUCAAGAAGUGGGACUUGGGUAGUAAACAGCUGCUACAGCAGUCUGUCAGUGCCCAGGCAGACUGGGUUAGCGCUCUGGGCGUGGUGCCAGGCUCCCCAGUGCUCCUCAGCGGAUGUCGAGGAGGGCUGCUGCGCCUUUGGCACACCGACUCAUUAGCUCCCCUUGGCGAAGUCCGGGGACACGACAGUCCCAUCAACGGCCUGGCCACCAACAGCAGCCAACUGUUCACUGCCUCCGAUGACCGCACAGUGAAGAUUUGGGAAGCCAAAGGAUCUCUGGAGGAAGGAGUCCACUGACACCUGCUUCCUCAUCAUCACAGAACUGACCUGAAAUCAAGUAUUGUUUACUGGCCUAAUUUUUGAUUUUCCAAUCAAAAUGAAUCAUUUGUGAAGAAACCAAAUC